AUGGCCCAGAUCAAUUGCACCCAGGUAAAGGAGUUUAUUCUCAUGGGCCUCACAGAUCGUCAGGAUUUAAAGAUGCCUCUCUUUAUGGUUUUCUUAUCCAUCUACCUCUUCACAGUAGUAGGCAACCUGGGUUUGAUCUUAGUCAUUAAGACAGAUGCAAGACUCAACACACCAAUGUACUUCUUCCUUAGCAACCUGGCUUUUGUUGAUUUCUGUUAUACUUCUGUCAUUACACCUAAAAUGCUUGGGAAUUUCUUAUACAAACAAAAUGUUAUUUCCUUCAAUGCCUGUGCUGCUCAGUUAGGCUGUUUCCUAGCUUUCAUGACAGCCGAAUGUUUGCUUCUGGCUUCCAUGGCUUAUGACCGAUAUGUGGCCAUUUGUAACCCCCUCCUCUACAUGGUUGUAAUGUCCCCAAGAAUCUGCACUCGGCUUGUGUCUGUCCCUUACAGCUAUAGCUUCCUGGUGGCACUGUUUCAUACCAUCCUCACCUUUCGCCUCUCCUAUUGCCACUCUAAUGUCAUCAACCAUUUCUAUUGUGAUGACAUGCCUCUCCUCAAGCUAACUUGCUCGGACACUCACUCCAAACAGCUAUGGAUCUUUGCCUGUGCUGGCAUCAUGUUCAUAUCUUCCCUUCUGGUUGUCUUUGUCUCCUACGUAUACAUCAUUUCUACAAUCCUGAGGAUGCGCUCAGCUGAGGGAAGACGCAAGGCUUUCUCCACGUGCAGCUCUCACAUGCUGGCAGUUACCGUAUUCUAUGGGACCCUGAUCUUUAUGUACUUACAGCCAAGCUCCAACCAUUCCCUUGACACAGACAAGAUGGCCUCUGUCUUCUACACAGUGAUUAUCCCCAUGUUGAAUCCCCUGAUCUACAGUCUUAGGAACAAGGAGGUGAAAGACGCCCUGAAGAAAGUCAUAGACAACAGAAACCAGACUUUUCUGUUCAUGAAAUUAAGAAAGUGA